AUGAUGAGAUUAAUAAUAAAUUGUAUAGUUAUCGUUCAAAUGGAUUUGGUAUUUGUAAAGCAUUAUUAUAAAAGAAAAGUAUUUUAUAUUUAUUAUAAUAAAUUAGUAAGUAGAGGUAAGAUCUUUAUUUAAUAUGUGGAAUAUUAUGAUGAAAAUAAUGAUAUCAAUGAGUUACAAUCCUUUGUCAAAAAAUUCCAUUAAUCAUUAUUAUAUUAUUCAUAAAUCAUAAUAAUCUUAAUUAAUUGUAUUACUUGUUAAUAAACCACAAGAAGAAUUCUUAAAUUUCUAUGAAAUAUUGGAAAGUAAUUUAUAAAUAUAAUUAUUAUUCUUUAGAUAAAUAAGUAAUUCAAUCUGAUUCAGAUAUAGAAUAAUUUUAAAAUCCAAAAGAUGGGAUUCAAUUAAUUACUUUUUCUAAUCUUUAAAAUAAAAGAGAUAUUCUAUAAUUGAUUGCCUGUUUACCUAAAUUAAAGAUGGAUUCUAUUGAACAAAUGUAUGUUUUGACUCCAAAUUCUAUUGAACGAUAUUAAUUACCUUAAUUACCUCAAGAAUAAGGUGCAUUAUAUCCAUAUUUUUGGAUAUUGGGAUCAUUAAAAGAAUCAUAUGAAGUAUUUGAUGUAGUUAAUUAAAUCAUUAAUACAGAAUAAUCGAAAACAUAUCCUAAUCUUACUAAAUCACACAAAAACCCUUUAGAAGCUGCAUAAUGUGCAUUUUAAUCACCAAAUCUAAUUGUUGCUACCAAUGUAAAUGGUAGUGUUAUUAUAUGGAAUUUAGAUAGUUAUUUAAUAGAUAGUACAAUAAAUUGUCAAUUUUCUGAUUGUGUAAAUACAAUUAUAAUAUGGGAUGAUGAUAAUGUAAUGAUUUCAGAUAAUGCUGGUGGUAUGGUAGUCUGGUUAAAGAAAGAUGAUGAAACAUAAUAAUUUAUCUUACUAUAAAUAGAAAAACUAAUACAAUGUGUAAAGUAGGAGCUGAAGGAUUAGCCUUAGGUACGAAUGAUGGAGAAUUAGUAUUAGUCAAAGUAGAUUUAAAGCAAUUGUAAUUAUUUAUUGAUAUACUAUUUAAGUUGAUUCUUCAACUUAAACUAUUGAUCCUAUUAAAAAGAUGAUUUCUAUUACGAAUGAUUAAAUAGCCUUUUUAUGUGAUAAUAGCAAAUCCAUUUUUAUUUAUAAGAUUGAAAAAUCAUUAGAUAAACCAUUAAGUGGAACACUCAUUAAAUAAGUGAUAAUUAAAGGAUGUCUUAGAGGUGGAUAACCAAUUUUAUAGAUUAUUUCAUUAGAUUAACAUUAUUUAAUAUUGGGAGGUCUUGAUGGUGUGUUACAGACUUUAAGUAUUGAUACACUUGAAAAAGGUCCAAAUAUUAGUCUUCAUUCAAAUUAAUAAGUUAAUAGUGUUUUCUAGAAUGAAGUAAUAAGUUAAUAGUGUUUUCUAGAAUGAAGAUGGCGUUUUGAUUGCUUAAGAUAGUCAUUUUACUUUUGUUUACUCUCCAGAAACUGCAAAUGAACUUAAAAUUACUCAUUAAAAAUAUUUUCAAUCUCCAGUUCAAUUAUAUUAGGGAGAAGGUAUCAGUCAGGAAAAAAGAUUACUUUUAUUUACUAAAUAAGGUAAGAUGGUUGUAUGGUCUUUAUAGGAUAAAGUUUUCCCUGAUAUAAGUAACUUUUUGAUGGAUAAUGAAUUUCCUCAUAAAUUAAAACCUGUUGAUAGAUAAUACUUAUUGGUGGAUGCAAAAAUCUCUAAAGAAAAUUUUAGUGUUUACUUGAUAACAGAGAAUGGGGAAAUAAUAAAAGAUUCAAAUAAACUAAUUAAAUUUGAAAGAAUACAAACAUUUAAAAUAAUGUCAUUUAAAAUUAAAGCAAUCCAAUUAACUAAGAAUCAAAAUACGUUAAUGAAUUUAUUCCUCCUAAUUAAUUUGGAGUAAUAUAUUUGGAGAUCCUACAUAACCUAAAUUUUCUGAAAGCUAUAUCCCUCCUCAAAUCAACAAUAGUUUUGGC